AUGUGUAAACUUUUCGUCGCCGUUGCCCUCAUCGCUGUUGUCUGUGCUCAUCCAGCUAUCCCAACAGAAGAUCAAAUGAAGGCUGAGCUUGUUGCCGCCGGAAUCUCUGAUGCUGCCUCCGCUGGAAUCGCUAAGAUCGCUGAGAGCUACAAGAGUCAAUUCGAGCCAGUCAAGGGAGAUCAUGAAGCUGCAAAGGCUGUCUUCGACAAGCUUAAGACCGAGACAGACACCUACAUCGCCACUCAAUCCGAAGCCGAUCAAACCGCCUACAAAGCAUUCGUCGAGAAGAAGAAGGACGAGUUCAAGGCUCACAAGGAGGCUGCCAGCGCAUAG